UUCGUCACGGAGUGUUCGAUGUUCCGUGUGUACGCGGCAACAGUGAACUCAAAGAAAAAAAAUAAUAAUACUAAAAUCCAUGAUAAAUUCCCCACCGUAGGCUCGCAGUUAAAUUCGUGAUUAAAUCCCCACCCCCAGUCAUCCCUCAGAUUAAAAAAAAAACCCGCUAAAUCGUCAGUGUCGCGAAUAACUGUUUAAACCCCAAAAAACGGAAUAUUAAUUUGUUUUUGUGAAAUGGCGCGUCAACGCACCGGUGUCAGGGCAAAAUAAACACCUGAGGUGGAAAGAGACAAGUCGUAUCGAGAGGGCUCGAGCAAAAGUGGUUCUCAACUAAUACCCAACGGUCCCAGCGAUGUUGCGAGACCGGAGGUUGUCGAACCAUAAAUAAAAAACCAUCAAGGAUAAUAUUAUUUAUCGGCAGUGGCUUCAUUCACUUUUCGCAAAACUGAAAAGGAAAAAUCUAAGACUGUCAUCUCCAAAACGUCAAAAAACCACUGGAAAUAUGGCAAAACUGGAGCACCAGUUGCCGAUUCCCAUGCCGGAUCUGGCCAGUCUCAGGAUAUCAACAGCUGUCUCAAUGCUAGGAACGGCUUAUGGAUGUGGUCAAUGCAAUGCUACCUCAUCUGGGCCAACAACAAGCACAGCAGUGGGUGCAGCGAGUGCAGCAGGCAGCAGUGCAGUUGCCUCUGGCUCUCUAGGAGUUGUUCCUGCCCAACAGACACACACACCACCUCAGCCUCCAGAACUGCCAGUGUUCUCAUGUCCUCGAAGGCCAAACAUAGGGCGGGAGGGCCGGGCGAUUGGCUUGCGAGCAAAUCACUUUCAAAUAACAAUGCCACGUGGUUAUGUCCACCAUUAUGACAUAAAUAUUCAACCAGACAAGUGUCCACGCAAAGUCAAUCGUGAGAUCAUCGAGACAAUGGUACACGCUUACAGUAAAAUAUUUGGAACUCUCAAGCCUGUGUUCGAUGGCAGAAAUAAUCUGUACACUCGAGAUCCAUUGCCAAUUGGUAAUGAUAAAUUAGAAUUAGAGGUAAUACUGCCUGGUGAGGGUAAAGACAGAGUAUUUCGCGUGUCAAUAAAAUGGCUGGCACAAGUGUCACUUUAUGCAUUGGAGGAAGCCCUGGAAGGACGAACACGACAGAUUCCCUACGACGCUAUUCUUGCUCUUGACGUUGUCAUGAGACACUUGCCAUCAAUGACGUAUACACCCGUUGGCAGAUCAUUCUUCAGCACACCAGAUGGUUAUUAUCAUCCACUCGGUGGUGGCCGAGAAGUUUGGUUUGGCUUUCAUCAGUCUGUUCGACCCUCCCAAUGGAAAAUGAUGCUCAACAUCGAUGUAUCAGCAACAGCAUUCUACAAAGCCCAACCGGUUAUUGAAUUUAUGUGCGAAGUACUCGAUAUCAGAGACGUCAAUGAACAGAGAAAACCACUGACAGACUCGCAGAGGGUUAAAUUUACCAAAGAAAUCAAGGGCCUCAAGAUUGAAAUCACCCACUGUGGCACUAUGAGACGAAAAUAUCGUGUUUGCAAUGUUACGAGAAAGCCAGCCCAGAUGCAGUCAUUUCCACUGCAAUUGGAGAAUGGUCAGACUGUCGAGUGCACUGUUGCCAAGUACUUUUUAGAUAAAUACAAAAUGAAAUUACGUUAUCCUCAUCUACCGUGCCUUCAAGUUGGUCAGGAGCAUAAGCACACUUAUCUGCCACUAGAGGUGUGUAAUAUUGUUGCAGGUCAGCGUUGUAUUAAAAAAUUGACUGAUAUGCAAACAUCGACGAUGAUAAAGGCAACAGCUAGAUCAGCGCCAGAUAGGGAGAGGGAGAUUAAUAACUUAGUGAGGAGAGCUGAUUUCAAUAAUGACUCGUACGUACAGGAAUUUGGAUUGACAAUAUCCAAUAGUAUGAUGGAGGUACGUGGAAGAGUAUUGCCACCGCCAAAGUUGCAGUAUGGGGGUAGAGUUAGUUCUCUAAGUGGGCAGACUAAGCAGCAAGCACUGCCUAAUCAGGGUGUAUGGGACAUGCGUGGAAAGCAAUUUUACACCGGUGUGGAGAUUCGUGUUUGGGCAAUAGCCUGUUUUGCGCCACAGAGAACAGUCAGAGAGGAUGCACUCAGGGCAUUCACUUCUCAGCUACAGAAGAUCAGCAAUGAUGCUGGAAUGCCUAUUAUUGGACAGCCAUGCUUCUGCAAAUAUGCCACUGGGCCUGAUCAGGUUGAGCCCAUGUUUCGGUAUCUGAAGUCCACAUUUCAGGCACUUCAACUUGUUUGUGUUGUUUUACCUGGUAAGACACCAGUUUAUGCUGAGGUUAAACGAGUGGGUGACACACUCCUGGGAAUGGCAACCCAGUGCGUUCAAGCCAAGAAUGUCAACAAAACAUCACCCCAGACUCUCUCGAAUCUCUGUCUCAAGAUAAAUGUCAAACUCGGUGGAAUAAACAGUAUCCUAGUGCCAAGUAUAAGACCCAAAGUCUUCAACGAACCAGUGGUUUUCUUUGGGGCUGAUGUCACUCAUCCACCAGCUGGUGAUAACAAGAAGCCAAGUAUAGCAGCUGUUGUUGGUAGUGUUGAUGCUCAUCCGUCUCGUUAUGCAGCGACUGUUCGAGUCCAGCAGCACAGGCAGGAGAUUAUUCAGGAGUUGAGCUCGAUGGUCAGGGAGCUGUUGUUAAUGUUCUACAAGAGUACAGGGGGAUACAAACCACUCAGAAUUAUUCUUUAUCGUGAUGGUGUUUCGGAGGGGCAGUUUCUUCAUGUUCUACAGCACGAACUCACUGCUAUUCGUGAGGCAUGCAUAAAGCUUGAGGCUGAUUACAAGCCUGGCAUCACAUUUAUUGUCGUUCAGAAGAGACACCACACGAGACUGUUCUGCGCUGAUAAGAAGGAGCAGAGUGGAAAGAGUGGAAAUAUUCCUGCUGGUACCACCGUCGAUGUGUGCAUCACACAUCCCACUGAAUUUGAUUUCUACUUGUGCAGUCAUCAGGGUAUUCAGGGAACGUCGAGACCAUCUCAUUAUCACGUACUAUGGGACGACAAUCACUUCGAGAGCGACGAACUUCAGUGCUUGACGUAUCAGCUUUGUCACACUUACGUCAGAUGUACCAGAUCGGUUAGCAUACCAGCUCCAGCUUAUUACGCUCAUCUCGUUGCAUUCCGGGCGAGGUAUCACUUAGUCGAGAAGGAGCAUGACAGUGGGGAAGGAAGUCACCAAUCAGGCUGCAGUGAGGACAGAACGCCGGGUGCAAUGGCCCGUGCAAUAACUGUACACGCUGCCACCAAGCGAGUAAUGUACUUCGCGUAAUUCCAUUCACCAGACAUUUGAUGUUUUGACAUUUCUCAUAAAAAGUGUGAAAAUCGUUUUUAAAGAAUCCAAUGUGUCAAAGCAUAAUGAUUUUAACAAUGCACAGUGCCGAAGCCCUCAGUUCAUUGCGCAUAACCAAAACAAUUAAGUCGAAGCUAAGAGAGAAUUAUAAGUCAUAUCUCGAGGAUGAGGAUAAGUAAACAAAAAAAAAAAUGCAAAACAAAUAUUUAGAACGCUCGUUAGACUUAGAGUUGGACAAUCUUCUUCGGUGGCCAAUUUUUUUUUCUUUUUCAUUUUUAUUUUUACCAGCAACAAAUAUAUAAAGACUCUGCCUCAUUUCAAAUGUGGAAUGUUUUAAAGAUGGAAACAAAAAAAUG